AUGAACCUCAAAGAUAUGCUAUCCAGCCACAUGGCCCAGGCGUCGCUCUACAACGCCCAGGAGCCCGAAAUGAGCAGCUUUCUACCCCAGCAGGACGAAGUGGGCCCAGAAUUGCUAGCAGAUGAAGCCACACCCCUCCAAGACGUCUACUACCUUCCUACGCUACUUACAGCCAUCCAGAGAGAGUUGAUAGAUGCCACGCUCCACAUUUUCAGCCAGGACUUGAAGACUCAGAUCAGAGCCAAAAAUACGAGAAACUCGAUCGAGAGCUUGCUCGACCAGCCUGAGAAGGAAAGCAACGGAUUUGGAAGCCACAGUCUUAUGUUUAAUAACAUAUCGCUCCUCUUUGGCCAGCUCACGUUGAUCGACAGCCAUCCGUCGUUGUUGGUGGACCACUUCAUUCCCAAGAAGUUGCUUCUUUCCGAGAUCAACUCGCGCUUGGUGUCGCUUUCAGGUAAGUUCCAGUUGUUCAACAGGAUCGUGGACUCGUUGAUCGAUGGAACGGAUACUGGCGGCUUUCAUCUCUUGGUAAUCGCCCAGAGUAUCAAGGAGUUGGAGUUGAUAGAGUCCAUCAUCAUCGGAAAGCAGCUCUACUACGAGAACUUGAGCUGUUCCAAACUCUACACUGACACCCAGGAGCCACCCCAGCCUUCCAAGGGAUCCAAGGGCUCCCUUUCGGUGUACUUGAUAACCUCCAGCCAGCUCUACAACCAUUACAUGAAGUUCCCUAGUGCCGUCGAAUUCAAUUUGAUUUUUAGUUUCGACAUGAAGCUCGACGUCACCAACCCCAGCAUCCAAUUGCUCAAAUCCAGAAGUACCAGCCAGCUCCCCAUCGCCAUCCCUGUUCCGCUUUACUCUGUCAGCCACUUAUCGUUGCAGAUCCCCGAGCCUAAGACAGAACUCACUCUCAGCAACAACGAUGCCACUAACCCCGUAUUCAAGUGGAAACUGCAAGUGUUGGACACCUUGGUGAUGAACAGAGAGAGCUUGCUUGACACACAGCGGCUCGACAAGGACUUCUUUUUGAAGGUUUACGGGCGUAAAAUGGAACGGUUUCAGAAAUGGGCCCAACGGGGCGUAGUCGAGACCCAGAUAGCAAAGUUGAUGGAGCCAUUCGAUGAUAGUUUGACCUUGAGGUUUUCUACAGAGCAAGUGGCCAAGAAAUUGGAACUCGAGUAUCCGUCCUUAAAGAAGGAAGAAGGAGAGGGAGUGAGUGAUUACUCGUCAUUCCGCAUGCAAUUGGUGAGCUCCAUCAGCCUCAAGAUAGACAAAAUGACGUUGCGAUUGAAGGACCUCUGGGAGGACAAAUUGAUCCACGAACGCACAAAAGAAUCGAAACGCCAGCUCCAAUACGAUGCUGACGAGGACUCGAUCUCCCAGAACUAUUUGAAAUUGCGCAAGCUCAACGACCAGGCCAUAGCCAGCGAGAAGAAACGCUCCAAGGCUGAGUCUGACCAUUCCAAGAACCAGGAGCGUAAGGACGAGGUGGAGUACAAGCUCAAGACAUUGCAGGAAAUUGCUUCCAAACCCACCACUCCAGACAAUCUCCGUGACCAGGAAACUAUCAUAACCAAGCUCAAAGAGGAAUUGGACAACGUGAGUGCCGAGUUCACCAAGCUUGACGAAGACAACGAGCUGGUCAGACAGAAAUACCAAGCUAGCUCUGCCACUGCAGUCCAGUUGUCGUCAGUAUUAGCCAAGUUGAGUAGCCAACAUGCCGAGAUCGAGGCCAAACUCAACGGCCCAGGAAUGACUUCCUUACCAUCGCUCAUAAAGAAGGACACCCUCUUGAGCAUGGAGGUGGAAUUAAACCGAGUGAAAAAGAACACUCAGUUUCUUGACGCCUUUUACAAGGAGAAGUUGGAGAAGUUGACCAAGGAACGCCAAAAGAUCUUGGAGGCAUCGUCGUCGGGGUCCAACAGCAGACCCACCAAUCGCAUCAGCAGAGGGUCUACGCCUUUGUAA